AUGUGCCAGUACGACAUGGGCUACACCCUCCGCUGCACGCGGCCGGGGUGCAGCGAAUCGAAAUUCAUCACGCAGAUGGUCUUCCGCGAGACGGACGACAAGGUCGUGCGCAUGUUCAAGAAGUACCGUAAGCCCUGCGGCUGCACGGACCGCUGGUUCCGCUGGCACUACUACGCCAGCAAGACGGGCAGCUACGCCAACCACCCGAUCCACAAGCUGUGCGACCCGCACCGUCGCCGCCGCCGCAGCGCGAUUCGCGCCUGGGGGAGGCCGGAACUGGUCCCACCGGACUGGCUCGAGGCGCUCGACAAGGAAUACCCGCCUGAAAAGCGAGAGCCGUAUCCGCGGAACGGGAAACCGCCCAAGAAGCUGCAUCAGGGCUUCUUUCAGGAGAUGAAUGUCCACACCGGCCUGCCGAUGGCGACGGGACGGGUCAUCCACCACCUCGCGUACAACAGCGACGACGGCACGUCCGUGUCCGGCGUCAGCACGCCCAAGGGUGGCCGCGCUGCUACUGUUGCUGCUGCUUCGGCCGCCGCCCCCUCUGAGCCCCGCGUCUACCUCGAAGAUGCGGAACGGCCCACGACUACGCGUGUGACGACGUACCAGUACGACUCCAGGGACGUCCCCGACGAGGCCAACAGCGACUGGUUCGAAGACAUGUCGGAGGACGAGUCCCUAGCCAAAUUUGUGGCGUCGUCCGACGCUGACCUCCGAGCCGCGAAGGAGGGCAAGAAGAAGGAGGAGGAGGCGACGAGGGAGUUUUCUGGCCUGCCUGCCCCGUCGACGCGGCCUUAUCACAAGGUCGAGAACAAGGAGUCGGACGAGCGGCUGGAAGACAUGCUGCUGCGCAUCGCGAAGUUCUCGGCCGAUGUGGAUCUCGAGGACAAGGAACGCGGGGAGCGGAUCCAGGAGAUCUUGGAUCGGAUUUCUCGCAUGGAUCUCGAUACCGGCGAAGGCAGCCGGAGUGCGCGGGGGACGGAGACAGAUUUUUGCGUCGACGAGCGAAGCUACGACUGGUGUUGGUGCGUCGUCAACUUCGGCUUCGGCUCUGCGGUUUGCGGAGAGUGA